GGCUUCUCUCCCAUUCGUGCAUACUGUGAACUUUCACACGGUAAUCAACUAGACAAGAUGCAUCCUCUUCCCCAAUUACCGUCCGUUCUAUCUUCAUCCCGAACGUCUGCUCCCCAAAACACAGUCCCUAUAGAUCCCACCCUCAUUGAUGAAAUUGAAAAGACUGCUGAGCAGGUAUCAGCCGAUGUCGUUCGGUUUCUCGGUAAUUUGAAAACACGAAUGGACGAGAUCACGUCAUAUACCCAUGAAUCUGUUGGCGUCAACCGACAAGCUGUAAAUUCCCUUUCACAUUCAAUAGAAGAAUCCAUUGACCAAAUGACAGGACUGAUCAAUGCUGUGGACGAAUUAAGUCAUGAUAUGACGGCCGUGCAGACGUUAGCCGGAGAAAUCAAGACAAUAAAAGAUGCACUGGAUCGAGUAGAGUCGAUUAUUGGGAAGUAAUGCUCGAAUAGAGGCAAAAUUGGAGAAUACGGAAGGCUUAUAAGCCUGUUGAUUGAAAGCACUUGCUAUCAUUUUCUUUCCAAAGAAUUGGGCAAUCGGCGUGACCCACGUAUAGAGCAAGGCAGGUCAGGCCGCAGCCGUACUCUUCGAAGAGGAAAAAUGGAGUUGGGUUUUCAAUAAAUAUAUCCAAUCCGCACUCCGCGCACC